AUGAACCUAUUGUCUCUUUGUGGGAAAAUUGAGAACCACCUGACUGAGCUUCUAAAUGAGGCUACUCAAUCUAAAACAUUAAAGAAAAAUUUGUACACAGAUUGGGAUUGUAAGAUUAAGUUGGCUCUUCCAAAUCUACUCAUCCCACCGCUUUUUGGCUUGGGUACCCCGGUGGAUCAGGCCAAUCCAAGACUGGGGGUGAAAUGGGAAGCGCCAGAGGUUGGGUGGAGCAAGGUAAAUUUCGAUGGUGCUUCUACAAGAAAUCCUGGUCAAAGUGGUAUUGGUUGUAUUCUGAGGGACUAUGAUGGUCUCUGCAUAAAACAAAUCUCUGAAAAGAUUGGAGUGGCUACUAAUAAUGAAGCGGAAUUUAGAGCGGCUUUAAGAGGUCUUCAGUUAUGGAAGGAGCUAGGGGUGCAGGGAAUUCAUUUGGAGGGAGACUCAUUAAAUGUGCAAGCUGAAUGUAAGGGCUUACCCCUAGCUUUAAAGGUGAUUGGGAGCUCUUUGAAUGGGGAACCUCACUGGACCUGGUUGAACGCAAAGAACAAGCUUUCCCAGGGGCAGUCCAUAUCCAGUUAUCACAAAGAAGGGCUUUUUAGAUGCUUGGAGACCAGUAUUGAUUUCUUGGAUGAUGUUGGGAGGGAAUGCUUCUUAGAUUUAGCCUUAUUUCCAGAGAACAAGAAAAUCUGUGCUGAUGCACUGCUGGACAUUUGCGUUUAUAUUCGGAAGCUAAAGUGGCAAGAUGCCUUUAUCAUCUUAUUGGAACUUGCAAGCAAAAAUCUCUUGAAUUUAAUCAGCAGCCCAGGAAGCCAAGCAACAAUCUCUUAUGGAAAUGCCUCUGAGCUGUACUUUUCUCAGCAUGAUGUAAUGCGAGACUUGGCCAUAUAUUUGGGAAGCCAGAACAGUAUAGUCCAUAGGAAGAGAUUAUUCAUGCCCAGAAAGGAGCUGAGCUUGCCAGGGGAGUGGGAGAUGCUUAAUGAUAGACCAUUUAAUGCUCAAGUUGUCUCUAUUCACACAGGCUCUAUGGCUGAAAAUCAGUGUUAUGAGAUGGAUUUUCCAGAGACAGAGGUUCUAGUGAUGCAUUUUUCUGCAAGCGAAUACUUUCUACCACCAUUUCUUAAAACCAUGAAAAAACUGAAAUUUGUAAUGUUGUGUAAUUUGAGUUCAAAGAGGACCACACUAAAAGGUUUAGAUGUCCUAUCUUCACUCACGCAGAUCAGGAGUGUUCGCUUGGAGAAGUUGGAUGCGCCCUCUAUUUUAGAACAGAUCAAAGUUAUGCAAAAAUUAGAUAAACUAUCUGUUAGUUUAUGUGAAGGGUUUGGAAAUAUUUCCACAUUCAGCAACACCAACCUACAAGAAUUUGAUCUGGACCACUGCAGCGAUUUGGAGGAAUGGCCACUUGACAUCUGUCAUAUGCCCUGUGUUCAGAUAUGGUCUAUUACCAACUACCAUCUGGUUGGAAAGUUACCAUAUGAUCUCGGAAAUCUGAGCUCUCUAAGAAUGUUAAGAUUAUCAGCAUUACCAGGCCUGAAAGAGCUUCCGGCAUCAGUUGGAAAACUUGGGCAGCUGGAAUUCCUUGACAUUUCACUGUGCGAAGGCUUGAAACAACUUCCAGAGGAAAUAGGUCAGCUCCAGAAUUUGAAAGAGUUUGACAUGAGAGAGUGUUCUCGCUUGAGGAGGUUGCCUAGAAGUGUUUGUGGACUAAGCUCUCUGAAACAUGUCAUCUGUGAUGAGAAGAUUGGGCACCAGUGGCUGCGAGUUAAGGCCUCUUCUAUCCCUGUUCUUAGAGUUGAAAUUGUGGAACCGCAAUUUACUCUGGAUUGGCUUGAUGAUUGAGAAACUCCAAGCAAGUGCACAUCCUAUUAAGUAAUCACUGUGGUACUGUGGUCUCUUUCUUAGUUCCUGCAGAUGGAGCAUACUGUAGAUUUCACUUCAGCUAAAUUGAAAGAAUUAAUAAUGUGUAUAUCAUCCAUCUUAUUUGUAAUAUAUGUGUCAAAGUUCAACUUCAUGAACAAUACUCUUGCAUAUGGAGCAAGUUGUAGGUUCAAUCCUCUUGCAUAUGGGGCAAGUUGUAGGUUUCACUUCAGCUAAAUUGUAAGAGUUUCUAAUAUAUCAUUGUAUAUAUCAUCCAUGUAAAUUUGUAA